AUGAAUGUUCAUUUUAUCAGGAAAAAAAAACAGCCUUUUUUUUUUUUUUUUUUUUUUUUUUUUUUGUUAAUCUUUUUUAUAUUAGUUCAUUUUUUAAUACAAGUAGAAUGCAAAAUUGAGGAAGUGGAAAAUAAGGAGACGGAAAAUUUAUACAAAUAUAAAUUAUAUGGUGAUAUAGAUGAAUAUGCAUAUUAUUUUAUAGAUAUAGAUGUAGGAACACCAAAACAAAGAAUAUCUUUAAUACUUGACACAGGCUCGUCAUCUUUGAGUUUCCCAUGUUCAGGAUGUAAGGACUGUGGUAUACAUAUGGAAAAUCCAUUUAAUUUGAAUCAUUCAAAAACAUCAUCCAUUUUAUACUGUGAUAAAGUUGAAUGUCCAUUUAAAUUAAAUUGUGUUAAAGGAAGAUGUGAAUAUCUACAAUCCUAUUGUGAAGGUUCUCAAAUUAGUGGGUUCUAUUUUUCAGAUAUAGUUACUGUACCAUCUUACAACAAUAAGAGUAUAUCCUUUAAAAAAUAUAUGGGAUGCCAUAUGCAUGAAGAGAGUUUAUUUUUAUAUCAGCAAGCUACAGGAGUGUUAGGAUUAAGUCUAACUAAACCGAAUGGAGUACCUACUUUUAUUAAUUUAUUAUUUCAAAAUGCACUAAAUGUAAAAAUAAUGUUUGCUAUAUGUAUAUCUGAGUACGGGGGGGAGCUCAUUGUGGGGGGAUAUGAAAAAAAUUAUAUUAUGAAAGAGGGCGCACAGAGGACCAACUAUCGGGGCAAGCGUGCUAACGGUGUAAACAGUGGUAGUAGUGCCAGGAAAGGGGAGGGAGAAGAGCAGUUGACUUCUCCUUCAAACUCGAAGCAACAUGAAGAGACUGAAACGGUUAAGGGAACACUUAAGGAUAUAGAAAAAAUAAUAUGGGAGAAUGUAACAAGAAAAUAUUAUUAUUAUAUAAGAAUACGAGGAUUAGAAUUCUAUGGUAUAGAUCUUCUGAAUGAUGAAAAAGGAAUUGAAAUGUUAGUGGACUCCGGUAGUACAUUUACACAUAUCCCUGAAGAUAUAUAUAAUAGAUUAAAUUAUUACUUAGAUAUAUUAUGUAUACAAGAUAUGAACAAUGCAUUUGAUAUUAAUAAGAGAUUACGAAUGACAAAUGAAUCUUUUGAAAACCCACUAGUUUAUUUUGAUAAUUUUAAAUUAGCUUUAAAAAAUAUUAUAGCAAAAGAAAAUAUGUGUGUGAAAAUUGUUGAUGGCGUUCAAUGCUGGAAAUAUAUUGAUGAUUUACCAGAUAUAUAUAUAACGAUAUCAGAUAAUAAAAAAUUAUUGUGGAAGUCAGAUUCAUAUCUAUAUAAGAAAGAGAACUUUUGGUGUAAAGGUAUAGAGAAACAAGUAAAUAAUAAGCCUAUAUUAGGAUUAACAUUUUUUAAAAAUAAACAAGUAAUAUUUGAUAUUAAAAAUAAUAAAAUUGGCUUCGUUGAAUCGAAUUGCCCUACUCAUGCAACUAAUACAAGACCAAGAACAUAUAAUGAAUAUAAUAAAAAAGAAAAUAUGUUUUUAAAAAUCUCUUUUUUUAAUUUAUAUAGUUUAUGGAUUGUGUUCGCAUUAACAGUACUUCUUUCCAUUAUAUUUUAUAUUAAAAAAUUGUAUUAUAUGGACUAUUUUUAUACCCCUUUGCAUUAUGAGACGAAAUUAUCUGAGGAUUCCAAAGUGCAGCUGAGUUAG